AUAUUUCCAUUACUUUUCCAAAACUUUUCAAAAAAUAGUAUUUUCCAUAACUUUUCCAGGGCCUGGAAAUUGCAUUUUAAAUUUCAAUGACUUUUCCAGGUUUUUCAUGACCGUACGAACCCUGCUACACACUUUCCUGCAACUUCGAGAGGGCUAGGUCUCCUUUUCCUGUGUGCUGUCUUCUCUCAGUCCAACUUCCUGUUUCUACUGAGAAGGACUGAAAGUAACACAGCAAUAGUUUUUUGAGACUGAGUAGAAAGGAAAAGACUUAUGAAUCACAGAAAGACUUUUUCAAAGGAGGCAGUAGACUAUCAACUAUGAUGGAAUCAAGCGGAAAGCGGGCCCUAAGGAAAACAGUCUUAUCCUUCCUUUGUCUGGUUUUGCUACAGCACUCAUUCUGCAAAGCUGAAUUUGAGAUAAAGGUGCCCAGUGCGCCUCUAGUGGCCAUUCAUGGGCACAGCACGGUCCUGAGCUGCACCUUCCCUGUGAAUGGGGCCUUUGACCUGGGCAGCAGUGUCAUCACCUGGCGACGGCACCUGGAGGUGGUCCACAGCUUCUACCACAGCCGUGACCAGCUGGACCUGCAGAGCCGUCGCUAUGCCAACCGUACCAGCCUGUAUCAUUCGGAGCUAGAGUGGGGAAACGCCUCCCUCCGCCUGGAUCGUACCACUCCUGAGGAUGCGGGGGAGUACUCCUGCUCUGUCAGAACACUGACCGGCAGCCAGAAGAAAUCCUUCCCUGUGAAAAUUGCAGCAUUCUACACGGAGCCCCACCCGCAGGUGAGGAUUUCCCCCCAAAGCGUGGAGCUGAAGCUGACAUCACGGGGGUACCCCGCCCCAAAGGUGCGCUGGCUGGACGCCAGGGGGGCGGAGCUCUCUACCGGAACGCAGACGCAGCUCCUGACGGACACGCAGGGGCUCUACGUGGUGUCCAGCUCCCUGACCCAGGAGAGGGGGGCCAACUCCACCCUCACCUUCCUCCUGUGGAACGAGGACCUGCACCAGGAGAUCAGGAGGGAGUUCAGCCUGCUGGAAGCUGCCAUUGUCCUGCGUGAUGAGUCAAGGUCGGCUCUGUAUGCUCUCCUGCCUGUGGCCAUUUUAACAGUCCUGGGAAUUCUGGGAAUCAUCCUGUUCUUGAAGAAGAGACGCUGUUUCCGUGGACCCGAUAGUACAGCCACUAGGGAAGAAAAUACCUCCCUGAAAACGGCUCCCCAAAGCAGUGAACAGGAACAGAAACUAAAGAACGGAGCAACUGUACUUUAUUGAACUGCUGAACUUUAACCCUUUGAAGAGAAGGUUUUUGGCUUUUUUUCUUCAACAUUCCAUGGAAGUGUUCUAGAACUCCAUUGAUUUCAGUUACCAGUACUUCUUGUUACAGCAGCAUUAGAAUGUUCAGUUAAGAACAUUGAGCCUCAUUCACCAAUAUCUUUCUCAAAUUUGUUCUUGAGAAAGGUCCUAAGAAAAGUCUACCUCAGAUUCACGACAAUUCCCAUAAAAGGGCAUGAGACUGCAGGGCCGUGUGCACACACAGAAAUCACACACAGGAAUUGAAAAGAAAAGUUAAGAGAGAAGUCAAGAAUGCCCAAAUGAAAAUCUAAAGACGGUGCAGCACCGGACUCCAAACGUAAGAAAAACUUCAGUAGUUCUGAAGUGGAGGUACUGCUGCAGGUAGUGAACAGCAAACGACUUGUCAUAUUUAGUAGCGACAGUAGUGGAUAUAAAAUAACAAACAAAAAAAAAGAUGCAUGGGAUGCUAUUACUUGUUCAGUGAACGCUGUAUCCAGAGAAGGUCGCACAACUGAUGAAGUAGAAAAAAAUGGUUUGAUGUCAAAUCUGAGGCAAAAAAAAAAAAGAAAUGCUGGUGUGAGUGGGCACAAGGAAUUGCGUGUUAUGCAGUCAAACGACAAAGCGCUUCUCGUCACAUUAAUACCGCUAAUUAAACCAACCGGCAGUAAACUGCAUCGGAGAAACUAGCUGUUUCAACCCGUCGCUGCGCAAAACACUGCACAAAAAAUUAUUGCCAGUCAUUUUGGUGUCACCCCCCUCUGAUGGUGUCACCCGCUGCGGUCCACACCUCCCUAGCAGGGGUGGACAGUAACGAAGUACAUUUAUGUAAAUUAAGUACUUAGGUACAUUUUUUUUGUAAUCUCAUAUUUGUGAUGUUAUACCUUAAAGAGUUCAACCGAACAAGUUAACUUUCAUUUUAGUGCUUUAUGAUUGUUCCGUUUACACUGGCCGGUCCAUCUUACAAACGGGUUUGAGUUAUUCCCACUGAACCGAGUGGAUAGGUAUUAGAUUAAAGUGGGCAUACUGUUGAUUAUGUGUUUUAUCUCCAAGCCAGGAGCUUGCUGACACAACAGAAAAGCUAUUUGUUGCACACCUCAUUAUUUUAUUUUAUAAUUAUUAUUUUUUUGCAUACUUGUAUAUUGAAAACAUAUGCGAGAGAAUUUGUGGGUAACAUUUACGCUUUAAUGUGCAUUAAUAAACCGAUUCUAAUGCUGUCGGCACAUUUUGUUAUACCUCUCAAAGGCAGGUUCCUUUUAGGAUUCCAUCUUGGAUUUGAACUUGUGAUACUGCAAAAAUGUCUUAUAUGCAGUUUUGUAUCGUUAACGUUUCCAGUCACCAACUGAUGUUUUUGUAUUGCUAUCUAAAAUUUAUAUGUAAUAGUUUCUUGAAAUUGACAGAUAUUUUGGAAUAUUUUUUUGAACUGUAUUUAUUGCCAAUUUGUAAAGAUACACAUUUUAAAACAGCAAAUGUUUUUUUUUUUUAACUGCACUUAAUGUCCAUGAAUAAUGUUGCUGUUAAAUAUUAUUGAUUUUCCAAUAAACAGUUUAUGCAGUUCAAAUCUUUUCAGUUUUACUUUGCUUAUUAGACAAUACAAAUAGUCCACUGUUCUGUGUGUUCAAUUUAUCCAAAUGGACAUCAUUCAUACUAACUACAUUAACAUGAAUUUAUGUGCCUUUUUAAUGUUGAAACUGAAUUUUGUCUGACUUGCCUGAUAGAAACUGCAUAAAAUUUGGCAAUUGGCUUAAAAAAAACAUUUUUUUUAAAAAUGGUGUGGUUAUACUGGACAGAUAAAUCUGGCCUGGUCUCAAAGUAUUAAGCCUAAUGUGAAUAGUCGUCAUUUUCAAGUUAGUUCCCAAUCUAGGCCAAAUUAAAAAAUCUACCCUUCUUAUUUCAAUUUAGCUUUAUUCAUAUACUGCUUUUUAAAAUAAAAAGUAUAAAGACACUUCACAAAAACAUAAAAAAAUUCUGUCAAAUGCAUAAUUAAAUCCAUGUCAGUCAGCUAGUCAGUUAUUUUAACCAUUAUUUUCACCAAACUGUGUCAAGAGUCAAUCUGACUGACAACCUUUACAGUUAUGAGCUUAUAAGACAACCUUUGUUAUUUAACUAACAGCCUCUGGGUCUGUGAGCCAGAUUCAUUUAACCUCUUUUGCAUUUAACCUCCUACACACACUCUUUUCUGCAACUUCGAGAGGGCCAGGUCUCCCCUUCCUGUGUGCUCUCUUCUCGCACUCCAACUUCCUGUUUCUACUGGUCCCCUCAGUGGUGGAUCAAACUCACCAAAGUGGUCGGAAAAGCAGAAUCACUGAACAAACUUCGCAGAGUGGUUGGGAAAGCAGAAUCAUCGGCUACAUUCCAAAACAAUCUAAAGCCAUCCCACCUCAUCAGUCUGUG